UGGAUACCUGUAAAUUGGACACCCACAUGAUGGCACACUGGUUAUGUGACAAAUAGGCACUCAGAGAACCAAUCACAAUUGAGAAUUUUGUUAUAGAUCCGAUUAUUAUAAUUAUUAUUGUAACAGUUGUUGUUGCUACUUGGGUACAUGUAUACUUUUUGGCUGCAUUUCUUCUUGUCUUUUGGUGCCAUGGAUGAAGAUUUUCAUGUGAUGCUGACCCUGAGGCUGUUGUGUGGGGAUCAGGCAAUAGCCUCAUUAAAUUCAGAACACAGUCAUCAGGCUGAAAGCUAGGAUUCAUCCAAUCAAUGAGAUCUGAUUCUGAUCCCCAUUGACUAUCGUUAACAUCUUACAACUGUGACAUCACUUUGAAUAUGCUGUUGACCUUGUAGAAAAUGGAAAACUACAAUGUGGUUUUUAAGUUGUACAUGUAGGAUUGUAUUCAUUUGAAAGUAAGAAAAGACUCCAUAAACAAAAUAUAUUUUUAAGUUGCUGAUGUGUCUUUUAAUCUCUUCUUUUAGUGGUCAACCUUUCCCUCUGACAGUGGAACAUUUAGAUAUACUGUCUGUGACAUUGGUGUACAACAGCCAAGCAACUGGAUAUGGAGUUAUGGCAUUGAUCACAACAAACUUAAAAGAAUUGAUAUUGCAAUCAACUACUCAAUGAAACGAUGUGCAUUGUAUGACGAUGCUAAUGUAAGAAAAUUCUGCUCUGAAAGGUUUGAUGUUUAUGGUUAUCAGUCAAAUCAGGAACCAAAUAAUUCAUAUUCUGAUCCAAGAAAUGGACACUACAGCAAAAUGGAAACAAUUUCAUUACCAAGUAAUUCAUCUAACCAGUCUGUCAGUGUACAAAACAUUGCAGAGAUGUCCCUUUUCAUCAAGGAAAGAACUUCAAAAGUCUUCCUUGCUAUUCAUGACCAAGGAGCUUGUCUUGUGGUAAACUCCAUUGUGGUGACAUAUAAUGUUUGUCCAAGGAAGACUUUACCUGAUAGUCUUGUAUUGUUGCCUCAGACAAUUGCUCCAGUUAAUGAAUCUAAAAUUGUAAAAGUUAUGGGUAAAUGUGCAGCCAAUUCAGAACCUACCGCACCAGAAUUGGGUGCCAACUGUGGUAGCAGUGGAGAGUGGGUCAGAGGAGAUGUUUCUACAGGUGAAUGUCUUUGUAUAGCUGGAUGGGAGAAAGUUGCUUCUGAAUGCCAAGUGUGUGCACUUGGCUAUUUCAAAGACAAGCUUGGAAACGUUAAAUGUUCCAAAUGUCCAGAACAUAGCGUCGCGGGCACAGGCAGGAAAAGUUGUAAAUGCAAGCGAGGAUUUUUUCGAGCGACGUGGGAACGUUUUUCAGAUAAUUGCACAGGUAUUCCUUCUGCGCCAAGACAUUUACGAAAGUUGGACUUUAAUCAGACAACAGUGAGCCUAUCUUGGUCGCAACCUCGUCACCUCGGUGGCCGAAAUGAUUUAUUUUAUGAGAUCGAAUGCAAGAUCGUGUGUCGGGAAGACGAAUUAAGCUGCAGUCAAGACUGUGGAACACAAGUACUCUUUCUACCCAGACAAGGAAACUUUUCGCAAACCAAAGCGACUGUAACCAACUUGUUUCCACGAACGGGGUACAUAUUCAAGAUAUACGCAAAAAAUGGUGUCAGUGCAGUAGCAGAGAAAGACGGAUACUCUUCCAAGUUUGCGACAUCAGAAGUCACUACGUUGGAAUCAGCUCCUGAAAAACCCGAGGUAACAAUAAGGAGAACUGAUAGCACCUCUGUGAUUGUAUCAUGGACUCUAAACAAUGGCAAUGAAGGCAUCCAUUACUACCUUGUGACAUACCGUAAAUUAUCAGAUGGCUCAGAUGAGCACACAAUCAACACAACUCAAACUAAAAUCGAAAUAACUGGACUUGAACCUGGUGUUGAGUACGAAUUCGAGGUUGUUGCAAAGAACAGCAUGGGAUUUGGCCCGAAAAGUGAAGAAGCCAAAACGCAAGGCAAAAAAAUAGUCUCAAAAUUUGAUGACAAGAAGAAGCUUUGGCUUUUGAUUGCUGUGGCCGCAGGAGGCACCAUCUUCAUUCUGGUUAUCAUUGUUAUUAUCACAGUGGUUAUUUCAAAACGGAGGAAAUUCCGGAAACGAGCUACCACAUUUGAAGCAACUGAGCUUUUUGCUAAUCAUGGACUGAGUCAGUACGUUGAUCCCAGUAACUAUGGUGAUCCGAUGGAAGCUGUCAAGACGUUCGCUGCUGAGAUUGACAGAUGUCAUAUCAAGUUAGAGUGUGCCGUUGGUGGAGGCGAGUUUGCUGAAGUUUUCAAGGGAUUAUUUGAAGACUCUAUUGUUGCAGUGAAAAUUUUAAAGCAAGGUGCUACAUCCAAGACUAGAGAUGACUUCAUUUCUGAGGCCUCCAUUAUGGGUCAGUUUAAGCACCCAAAUGUCAUCCAGUUGAUAGGCGUCAUAACAGUCAGUCGACCCAUGAUGAUUAUAACAGAGUUUAUGGAUGGUGGAUCACUAGAUACGUUUCUCAAGAAUCACGAAGACAAACUCACAACCCUACAGCUUAUUGGCAUGAUCCGUGGAGUUGCAUCAGGGAUGGUGUACCUUUCAGCUAUUAAUUUUGUGCAUAGGGACCUUGCUGCUCGAAAUGUUUUGGUUGGCGAGAACAUGGUUUGUAAAGUAUCAGACUUUGGACUGUCAAGAGAGUUGGAAGAUAAUCCUGAUUCCGAGUAUCAGACUCAGGGCGGUAAAAUUCCAAUUCGAUGGACAGCGCCCGAAGCGAUAAGGUACCGGAAAUUUAGUUCAGCAAGUGAUGUUUGGAGCUUUGGAAUAGUGAUGUGGGAGACCAUGGCAUUUGGUGAGAGGCCAUAUUGGAACUGGAGUAACUUUGAGGUCAUGGACAGAGUGGAGGGAGGCUACAGGCUGCCAGCACCUGUGAAAUGCCCGAAAAUUCUGCAUACAAUUAUGAUGGAUUGCUGGGACAAAGACAGGUCCAAUCGACCGAAGUUUGAAGAAAUUGUGAAGCGGUUGGAUGAGCUUAUCCGCACGCCGGAAAUGUUAAAUGACAGUCUAGUUUGCUAUACAAGCGCCGUUUCAGCGGACUUCACCAAACUUAGUACGAUCAACGAGUGGUUAGGCAGUAUUCAUAUGGGACAGUAUGCCGCGAACUUCAAGACUGCAGGCUUCAAGGACUUAACACAAGUAACAUGCCUAAAAGACAACGAUCUCAAAGAGAUCGGGGUUACCCUGAUAGGUCACAGGAACAAGAUAUACAAAAGCAUCAAGUCCAUGAGAAAACAUUUCGAUAACAUGCCUGAAGCGGUGUAAGACAGUAAAAGAUGGAGUCAAUAUUAAGUCAGACGGGAUAAAUAUUACUUCAUUAAAUGGGAACCAAAGAAUGGUUUUUCGGGAAAAGGCGGAGAGGCUCAAAAGGGAAAGUCUGUGCUGCUUUCUGAGCCAAGAUCAACAGUGAGAAUGGAUGGAGGACUAAGGAGCGUCGUAAGAUCUAAUUUUGUAAAUGGUUUAAGUUCACUGGAGAACUGUUAUGGUCACAUUAUGGUAAAGCAUUUCAAUCAACCUUUGUGCCAACAGUUAGGUUGUGUUUUAACUUGGAAACACCGAAAAAAUGUAAUUUAUUUUAUUACGAUCUUAAGGAGUGGAUAUGUCAUUCCCUUUAUUUUAAUUUUUCCUUUUUAAUUUGUUUUCGCUUUUAUUUAUGAGAACGAAACGUGAAAUCGAAUAGAGAGGCAGUAUUGAAAGCAUGUACUUUAAAGUAAAGAUUUCAAAGAUAAGUUGUUCAUUAUACGUUAAAUAUCUAAACUUAUUUAGUUUCCUGAACUGCAUUCCAGUGAUAACGACUUUGUUUCUCUUUAAGUUAUAAUUUGGAUUUAUUUAAACUUGUUGUUGGAAAGAGGUCGACCUUUUUAAUUUAUAGAGGUGUCUUCGGCCCUACCCUUUAGGGAGAUUUAAAGGGAUAUUUUCCCCAGAGGUAGACUGAAUGAGGGAGGUGUUGUUUCUGCAAGCAGUUCAGCAGAAGCUUGAAGUUUAAAAGCAGUUGCUAAUUUCUUGAUGACAAAUUAUUAUUCCCUGGUCUCGGUCAAUUUCAUUUGUGCUGUUAAGUCUGCUGUGUGACACCCCUCCCUUACCUAUAAGGGGGAAAUAAAGAGCUAUCGUAGGACUCUCUACAGUCUCCUCCCUUGCCCGGUGUCCCCCUCCGGGGAUGGCCACCAAUGGUAAGUGCACUGCAGCUAUUUCGAGAAAGCCUUUGAACAGGACAAUGCCGCAAGGUAGCCUGGGACGGGUUGUUUCUUUUUUGUUUUUCGUUGUUAACCGGACAUUGAAAUUAUUGUCGAGUCUUUUUACUCUUGACAUAAGUGGCUAUUGUCCAGGGAAGGGGGGCGGGCGGAGUUAAAUGAUAGACUUUGUUGAAGACGACAUCUGUUGUAUAUGAAGGGCUGGAUCAUCCGCAGAUGACUAUAUUUAGAUCAUAAACGCUAGGCGGAGAGAUUCAACUUUAUGGGGGGUAUGGGUUGGGAGAUCUUUGCUCUGUUAAACAGGCGUGUUUAUACGGCCAAGCCGAAUUGCUGUGUUCCAUUACAACAGAGUAGAACACUUGUACUAUAGCCCUUUUUGUGUUAUUUAAGAAGUUUGUUUAUCUAUACGCGUUUUGAAAACCCGAAAUUUCGAAAUAACGAUUCAAAAUCUUCCAGCUGAAAAUAGUUAUAGUUAUUUUACUGAGUAAGUAGACUUGUGUUUAAAGUACAUUAAGUAUAUUUUAUGCUGAAAGAAUUUACGAGCACCAUGUUUCAGCUUCUUUGCUGAUAGUUUUCUUGUCUGCUGUUUUGUUUUCAGAACAGUAUUUCAUACACGUUUGUAAUCAAACUUAACUGAGAUAAGAAUUGUAGCUGCGACACAUUAGAUAAGCUACUUAAACCUCGAUUGGUAUUUACAGUAUUUUACUGUGAGUAUAUAAAUUAUUAAAGAUUUUUAUAAAGUAGUCUUGAUACUUUCAUCGACAA